AUGUUCAUCUAUCAAGGAAAGUUUGACUGGCCUGAGUAUGCCGACAACGAGACCUUCACAAUCAUCUUCCCCAACGGUGUCGUUCGUGCCAAUGACCCCGUCUACCUCUUCACCCAGUGGACAAAGGACUCCCAUCGAGUCCGGAAGUCCAAGUUCUUUCAGACCAUCGUCGUCUCAGAUGUGAAGCAGCUUUCCAACACCACUGAUAUCUCCUUCAAUCUCUCUGGCUCUUGGUACAGCUAUGCUAUCACCACUGAGCAGAACUAUGCCAAGAUCAAGGUCGACAUGUCGAGCCCUGGUGGUCAGAAGACCAUCGCUCUGGACCGCGUGUGGAAACCUCAGGGCAAGGUUGACCACGAUGCUGCUCUCCGUAUCUGGGCUGGAAGUAUUACUAUCCACGACAGUGCUAUUGAUGAGCAAGCUAUCUUUGUCCUUCCUGAGGACUACAAGGAUGGCAAGCCUGUCAUCUCAUCGUGGCAGUGGACUAAGGACAGUGCGGGCAAGGCCAAGACGACUGCUUUCAAAGGAACCCCAUUGAAGUUCAUCAGUUCUGAUGACAAGGUCUCCAAGUUCGCCUUCAACAACGUCUAUGACUUCACCUGCUCUUGGAACCGAAAGACCGAGAAGCUUGGUCUUGAGAUCAAGAAGGACGGAAAGCAGACCAGGGCUGGCGAACUGAACCUCGUGGCCAAGAUUGAACCCAAGGCACACUCAUUUGACUCCGACGACUUGGUCCCCCCCACCAAGAAAGAGGUUGAGUUACGUCUACCCCAGCCUCAGGCCACCCUUCCCCGAGUUCUUGACCCUAUGCCUUUCCCCAAGACUCUUCUCGAGACACUCAAGCAUGGAGCAGCCUUCAUUGAGCAAGCUGGAUACCUUACUGUCCAAGCCCAGAACAAAUUCUCAGCUCUCGAUGCCGAUUUCCAUAAGCAGACCGUUCUAGUCGAGACUCUGAAGAAGGAUAAGAAGAAUCUCGAGGCUGAGAUUACUUCCCUCACAGGCCAGCGCAACAAGGCCAACGCAACCAUCGAACAGCUCAACAAGCGGCUCGCCAAGGUUAGCGAGGAGUACCAAAAGAAGGUUAAGGAACUCAACGACCGAAUCGAGCAUCUUAAGCAGGACGACAAGCUCGACCACAAGGUCAUCAAGAAGCUUCAGCAAGACCUCAACAAGCUUCUCAAUGACAUAGCUAUUCUCAAUGAUGAGUUGAGCCAGGCUCGGUGUGAGAAGGAGGAACUCAACGAAAUCAUCGCCACCCUCCAGGGAGAGAUCUUUACUCUUGUUGCUCAGGUUCUUGAACUUGAGAAUGCACUCAAGGUUCAGAAGAAGGCCAACACCGAUCUUAUCAACAAGAAUGGAGAGCUGGACAAGAAGCUUCAAGAGUCGCUUCUCGCAAACAAGGCUCUCCAGAGCCAGCUCUCCAACGAACAAGAUGACCACCAACGCACCAAGAAGGAGCGUGACGACGCACUCACUGCCGGUGCUAACACUAAGAAAGAGCUUGAUGAUACCAAGACACUACUCGAUACCAAGCUUGCUGUGUUGGAAAAGACCUCAGCGGAUCUUACGAAGCACAAGGAGGACCUCGCCACGGCGCAAAAGCAGGUUCGAGACAGAGAUCGCGAGGCCAAGACCAACCACACUAUCAUUACGAACUUGGAGGCCAAGUUACACCUCAGGAACGAUGGAUGGAAGAGUCUGAUUGAUGAGUAUCAAGAGAAGUUCCACUCUGGAAAGGCUACUGAGGCGGAGUUGGACGAGCUGGCCGACCGAGUUGAGGAGUUCCGAGCGCUUGCCUGA